UCCCACCUCGCUCCGAGCCGCGCCCAUCAGCACCCCGACCGCUUCCACAGAACCCCGCGCUCCACCCUCAGGCCCCACCCCCCAGCCCUGGGUCGCGCCCCGCGUCCCUACCCGAGCCGCAGCACCCCGCCAGGCGGAACCACCUCGAGCCGCCGCUCGUUGGGCGUGAAGCGCAGCGCGCCUAUUGGCCAGUGCGGCCGAGAGCGGGAAAAGUGGCCAACGGCUGCGCCGGCGCUCCGGCUGCUGAGGAGAUGGCGUCCGGCGCCAGUGCCCCGGUGCCGGCGGACUCAGGCCGCACCACCAGUCCUGGAAGGCGAGGCGAGAAGGCCGCUUCCGCCGUCCCCGCGGACACGGCGGCCGCGACCACACUGAAGAGCACCGCGGUCACGGUGCGGUCGGUGGUGGCCUCCCCUCGCCAGGUGAAGGGGAAAGGGGGCCGGGAGGCGGCCAGGUGGCGGCUCCAGCGCCUGCCGGCGGCUCAGGCCGACGACGCAGGAGAGGCGGCCGAGGAGGAGGAGGAGGAGGCCCUGCUGUCAGUGCCUGAGGACGAAGAGGAGGCACAGCCCCUGCCCCCAAUCUGCGUGUCCCGUAUGAGGGGGAUGUGGCGGAAAGAGAAGGUGGCGCUGUACUGCGACCAAGUGCUGCAGGACUGUAAGGCAGAAGAUGCUGAUGAGGUUAUGGGCAAAUACCUAUCAGAAAAAUUAAAGUUGAAAGACAAAUGGCUUGGAGUGUGGAAGACUAAUCCCGAUGUAUUCUUUGUGAAAUAUGAAGAAGCUUCUAUCCCUUUUGUUGGAAUACUGGUUGAGGUAACUUGUGAACCAUACCAAGACUCAUCAUCUCGUUUCAAAGUUACUGUUUCUGUCGCUGAGCCCCUUUCUUCUAACAUUGCAAAUAUUCCAAGAGAUUUGGUUGACGAGAUUUUGGAGGAACUGGAACACAGUGUGCCUCUUUUGGAAGUGUAUCCUGUUGAGGGACAAGAUACUGAUAUACAUGAUAUUGCUUUGGCCUUGGAAGUUGUCAGGUUUUUUUAUGACUUUCUUUGGAGAGACUGGGAUGAUGAAGAAAGUUGUGAGAAUUAUGCUGCACUUAUUGAAGAAAGAAUUAAUUUGUGGUGUGAUAUGCAGGAUGGAACAAUACCUGGUCCUAUUGCACAACGUUUUAAAAAAACUUUGGAGAAAUAUAAAAACAAACGUGUCGAGCUCAUUGAGUAUCAAAGCAAUAUUAAAGAAGAUCCAUCUGCAGCAGAGGCUGUUGAAUGCUGGAAAAAAUACUAUGAGAUAGCCAUGCUCUGUGGAUUAUUGAAAAUGUGGGAAGAUUUACGCCUCCGAGUUCAUGGACCUUUCUUUCCAAGAAUUCUGAGGCGUAGGAAAGGAAAAAGAGAAUUUGGAAAGACUAUAACACAUAUUGUAGUGAAAGUGAUGACUACUGAAAUGGUAAAGGAUUUAUCUUCAGACACACUUCUCCAACAGCAUGAUGAUUUGGAUUUGGCUUUGGAUAAUUGUUAUAGUGGAGAUACAGUAAUAAUUUUUCCAGGAGUAUAUCAAGCUGCAAAUCUUGCUUUGUUGACAGAUGACAUCAUUAUAAAGGGAGUUGGAAAGAGAGAGGAAAUUAUGAUUACUUCUGAACCUUCUCAUGACAGUUUUGUGGUGUCCAAAGCUGACAAUGUGAAACUAAUGCAUCUAUCUUUGAUACAACAAGGGACGGUUGAUGGUAUCGUGGUGGUGGAGUCUGGUCACAUGACUCUAGAAAACUGCAUAUUAAAAUGUGAAGGAACAGGAGUGUGUGUUCUUACAGGGGCUGCUUUGACAAUUACAGACAGCGAAAUAACUGGUGCUCAGGGUGCUGGUGUUGAACUAUAUCCUGGAAGCAUAGCCAUUUUGGAAAGAAAUGAAAUUCAUCACUGUAAUAACCUCAGAACCAGUGACAGUUCAAAAAGCACCUUAGGUGGAGUUAAUAUGAAGGUUCUUCCAGCACCCAAAUUGAAGAUGACUAGUAAUCAUAUUUAUAGCAACAAAGGCUAUGGAGUAAGCAUUCUUCAGCCAACAGAACAGUUUUUUAUUGUAGCAGAAGAAGCUCUCAACAAAAGGGCUGCUUCAGGAGAUAAAAAAGAUGAUAAAAUGCUCUUCAAAGUAAUGCAAAGCCUGAAUCUGGAAAUGAAUAAUAAUAAGAUAGAAGCAAAUGUAAAGGGGGAUAUCAGAAUAGGCACAAGUUAAAGCAUCUGGAUUGACAUUAAAGUUUUAUAUUUCAGAAAUAUGUUUAAUAAAUGAUUCUCAUAUCCCAUUGAAAUAGUAGUUUCAAUUAAAUUCAAAGCUUAAUUAAAAAUAUUUAAAUA